AUGGCCAAUAUUGUUACUAGUUUGCUUCUGGUAUUAUUGAUUCGCAUUACACCAGUGCAUGGGAGAAAACCACUGCAAGAAAAUAAUGAAUUGCCAGCAUCGUCGUCUAUAGCUGCAGCAGAUACCGGUAUUUGCAAAAUAAUGGUUACGACAGAAGAUGGUUACAUCCUUAGUCUGCAGAGGAUGCCGAAGGCGCGAUCCGGUAAGGCAGCAAACAAGCCACCAGUUUUCUUGCAACAUGGACUCUUUGUGGAUGGUAUAAUAUGGUUGUACAACAAUCCAGAAGAAUCAUUGGGAUAUAUCUUAGCGGACAACGGCUAUGAUGUGUGGAUUGCCAAUUCUCGUGGGUCAAGAUAUAGCAAAGGCCAUACAUCACUUGCUCCUGAUGAAAGGGCAUAUUGGGAUUGGUCAUGGGAUCAGUUACUGAGUUACGAUCUUCCUGCUUCAGUUGGAUAUGUAUUCAAACAUACCGGUCAAAAAAUGCACUACGUGGGUCAUUCCUUGGGUACUUUAAUAGGUUUAGGUGCAUUCUCCGAAAAUCAACUAUUGAAUAUGUUGAGAUCAGCGGCAUUACUUAGUCCAAUUGCUCAUUUGAAUCAUAUUACUUCACCACCAUCAAAGAUUGCUGGUGACCUUUUCAUGGCAGAUAAAGCUUACUGGUUAGGCAUUCGCAAAAUUGUUCCCAACGAGGCAAUUGCAUCCAAACUUUUGAAGAAAAUUUGCAAAACACUAAAACCGAGGGACUGUUCAAAUAUGUUAGAUCUUUUUACAGGUCCCAAUUGCUGCAUAAAUGGUUCAAGACUGGAAUUAAUUGCUACUUAUGAACCACAAGCAUCAUCAACGAAGAAUUUGAUACAUCUAUCACAAAAUAUAAGAACAGGGAAAAUUACAAAGUAUAACUAUGGACAUCGAGAAGAAAAUAUACAACACUAUGGACAACCUAAUCCCCCUCCUUAUGAUAUGGCUAGCAUUCCAAAAGAAUUCCCACUUUUCUUUGGUUAUGGAGGGACAGACAUGUUAGCUGAUGUAACGGAUGUCCAAAUUUUGCUGUCGGAGCUCAAAGAUCAUGACAGGAAUAAGCUCGUGCAGGUGUUUAUCAAAGACUAUGCUCAUGGUGAUUUUGUUAUGGCUGUCAAUGCUCACAAACUUGUUUAUGAUCCCCUUAUGUCUUUCUUCGCUGCUAAUUGA